AUGAGCGAAAAGUUUGGGAUUGAAACAAACCACUUAACUUACAAGUUUAGUAAUGGUAAAGUGGGACUAGCAAACAUUACAAUUGAGCUUCCAUGGAAUACCAGAACAUUGCUUGUUGGAUCAAACGGGGCAGGGAAAUCAACGUUAUUGAAGUUAUUAGCUGGUAAAACUUUAAGUACCAUGGGUACAAUAUCAAUAGGUGGACACGAUCCUUUUAGAGGUGGAUCUGAUGCCUCAAACAUAACCACUUAUCUAGGAACAGAAUGGGCAUCAAAUCCUAUUGUGAGAAGAGAUAUACCAGUCACAGUGUUGAUUGAUUCAAUUGGUGGUAAUGUUUUCAAAGAAAGACGUGAUGAAUUGAUAAAACUUCUUGAUAUUGACUUGAACUGGAGAAUGCAUCAAGUUAGUGAUGGGGAAAGAAGAAGAGUGCAAUUAGCCAUGGGGUUGUUGAAACCUUGGAAAGUGUUGCUAUUGGACGAAGUAACUGUGGAUCUUGAUGUUUUAGUAAGAUCAAGAUUAUUAUCUUUUUUGAAAAGAGAAACAGAGACAAGACAAUGUUCUGUGAUUUAUGCCACCCAUAUUUUCGAUGGAUUAGGUAAAUGGCCUACUAAUGUUAUUCAUAUCCAAAGUGGUAAAAUUCUGAAGAAUUUGGAGUAUGAAAAAGAUAUCAAAUUUGAAGGUGGAAAUGGUGCUGAUGGUGAUGGUAUUCAGCAACAUCUAUACGAUCCAAUUAUAAAAACCACGGAGGAGGAUUUCAUCAAGAUUCAAUCGAUCAAUAGCUUACAUCCAUUGGCAUUAGAGUGGUUAAGAUUGGAUUUGAUAUCCAGGGGAGAAAGGGAAGAGGGUGAUUUAAACAGACCAAAGUGGGAAGAUUUGCAAAAAGAGUUGGCUCUGUAUUAUGAUGGUGGUGAUAGAGUUACUGAUUAUUUCAAGAGUACUCGUACCAAAGAUUAG